GCGCGUCCCCGCGAGCUGGGACCCAGUCGGGACGGUGGGGGCGGCUCGGGGCGUCCGAGGAGUUUGGGCCGAGCGCCUGUGGACGCCGGCCUCGGGAUGCCAUGAAGGAUGUUCUCGGGGGCCCAUGCAGAGAAGUCUCCGGCUGCUCAUUCUUGCAGGGUGGUGUGCGAUGCCAGCUGACAUCAUUUCAACUGUUGAAUUUAAUUACUCUGGAGAUCUUCUUGCAACAGGAGACAAGGGUGGCAGAGUUGUUAUUUUUCAACGAGAACAAGAGAAUAAAACUCGUCCUCAUUCUAGGGGAGAAUAUAAUGUUUACAGUACCUUUCAAAGUCAUGAACCAGAGUUUGACUAUUUGAAAAGUCUUGAAAUUGAAGAAAAAAUUAAUAAAAUUAGAUGGUUGCCACAACAGAAUGCUGCUCAUUUUCUACUCUCUACAAAUGAUAAAACUAUUAAAUUAUGGAAAAUAAGUGAACGGGAUAAAAGAGCGGAAGGUUAUAACUUGAAAGAUGAAGAUGGACGACUUCGAGAUCCAUUUAGAAUUACAGCACUGCGGGUUCCUAUAUUGAAGCCCAUGGACCUCAUGGUAGAAGCAAGUCCACGGCGAAUUUUUGCAAAUGCUCACACAUAUCAUAUAAAUUCCAUUUCAGUAAAUAGUGAUCAUGAAACAUAUCUUUCUGCAGAUGACCUGAGAAUAAACCUAUGGCAUUUAGAAAUCACAGACAGAAGCUUUAACAUCGUGGAUAUCAAGCCUGCUAACAUGGAAGAGCUGACGGAAGUCAUCACCGCUGCCGAAUUCCACCCACACCAGUGCAAUGUGUUUGUCUACAGCAGCAGCAAAGGGACCAUCCGGCUAUGUGACAUGCGUUCCUCUGCCCUGUGUGACAGACAUUCUAAGUUUUUUGAAGAGCCUGAAGAUCCCAGCAGUAGGUCCUUUUUCUCAGAAAUAAUUUCAUCCAUCUCUGAUGUCAAAUUCAGCCAUAGUGGUCGAUACAUGAUGACAAGAGACUACCUGUCAGUGAAGGUGUGGGACCUUAACAUGGAGAGCAGGCCUGUGGAGACCCAUCAGGUGCAUGAAUACCUGCGAAGCAAGCUAUGUUCCCUGUACGAGAAUGACUGCAUCUUUGACAAGUUUGAGUGCUGCUGGAAUGGUUCAGACAGUGCUAUUAUGACGGGGUCCUACAACAACUUCUUCAGAAUGUUUGAUAGAAACAGUCGGAGGGAUGUUACACUGGAAGCUUCAAGAGAGAACAGCAAACCCCGAGCCAGCUUAAAACCCCGGAAAGUAUGUACAGGUGGUAAAAGAAAGAAAGAUGAGAUUAGUGUGGACAGUCUGGACUUCAAUAAGAAGAUCCUUCACACAGCCUGGCACCCCUUGGAGAACAUUAUUGCCGUAGCUGCCACCAAUAAUUUGUAUAUAUUCCAGGACAAAAUCAACUAAAGAAGCUAACUGGAGGACCAAGUCUUGUCUCACAUAGUUAAGCUGGUUGUUUUUCUGUCAAAGAAAAGGCAUUGUCCUCUCCAUUAAGAACAGAGUGCACUUCUUACUUCCCUUCAUAACAGAGGAAAGAAGCGACCUUGGCUGGAAUCCUGGCAUUGCUCUGCCCUUAGUCCAGGGAGAAAUGCUUGCUGCUGCAAGUGGGGGAAACCCACUUGAAGCAGAAUUGGUGGACAUUGCUCAAUAAAGGCCAUUACUCAAAAUAAAUGUAUUUAUUUAAGUCUGAGCCUUCCUUUCCAGUUUAUAGACCAAAAAACUAACUCCAAGAGAAAGGGUAUUGUCAAAUGUAUUUCUGUUUCCAGCUUUAUCUUUCUCUGACAUCCUAGCGCCUUCAUCUGGACAUGGUAUGGCCACUGUCCAUGUUCCUUGCUGGCCUUUCUGAGCCAAGUGGGCGUACCUACCCUUGGUAUGUGGCUGCUGCCCAAGGAGAGCCAGGCAGGUUUACUCAUUAAUUCCAUCAACCAUCACACCUUCUGGUGUAACCACUCAAUAAAAAACACUGUAAAGUGUUCUUAAAUCUAAACAUAAGUAUCGUCUUUUUAUUUGUCUCAAUUGCAUAUAAUGAAAUUAUGCAAAAUUCUUCGGAAUAAUUUGAGAGACUUUUGUCCUUUGGCAGAAGUGUGGAAUGUGUAUAAGUACUUCAAAUUCUAAAUAUAACUAUCUCCAAACUGCCAUAACUUUGUUUUGUUUCUUAGAAACAGUCCAUCUCUUAUACCAGGUAAGGUCUGGCUGGGGAAAGCCAUAACUGAGUCCACCUCUGAGAAGAAAAUUACAAAAGUAAUGAAAUUGCUGCUAUAAAAUUAACACCUGGCUUAAAGUAGAUCUCAAAUUCACUACAAUUGAAAACUUACAUGCUUUCUUUUUAAAUCUUUUUAAAAGUACUUUGGGAGGGAAAUGUACUUUUUAAAUAUUGCUAAAAUUAUGUGCAUGCUAAAUUUCAUAUUGCAUUUCA